UCUCCUCUGUUUUUGUUAUUUUCUUACCUCCUUUUCCUCUCCUCUCCACAAAAGACAAAAUCUCUUUCCCUCUUUUCUUCCACCAGAGCCGAAAAACCCCCCCGAAAAGCCUUUUCAUCUGGGACAUGAUAUAACACGUCUAUUAACAAUUUUACACACACACACCCCCCUUUUUUUUAAUUGAUCAAUUAGCGAAGCACCUGGUCAAUUAAGGGGCGAUCGGACCUUCCCAGACGCAUAAAUAUUGAUAUAUAUCGAUUUAUGUGAAGGUUUUUGUGUGGUGUGAGGAGUCGGGAAAGUUUCAAGUAGGAGAAAGUUUCUGGUCCGAAAUAUUUUUGAGCUGAAAUACAUCCGUGAUGAUAUUGUUAGAGAUUCAUAAUCGUAUAGUGGAGGAAACUUUACGACUCAAGUUCAAAAAUGCCUCGGAAGGGGUUAAAGCAGAGAAUAUUGAUAUGACCAUUGCAGAUUUUGAUGGGGUCCUCUAUCAUAUAUCAAACCCAGACCAACAGAAAACUAAAAUCAGAGUCAGUAUUGCUCUUAAAUUCUACAAAGAGCUUCAAGAACAUGGUGCUGAUGCGCUUAUCCGGCGAGAAUAUGGAGAUUAUUUAACAGAUCCAGAAGAAGGCUAUAAUAUAUCAUUACUCUAUGACCUGGAGAACAUUCCCUCUGACUAUGAAGAAGUCAUCAAGGCAGCUGCCCUCCUCAAGAGGAAUUGCUUUGCAUCAGUUUUUGAGAAGUACUUUCAGUUUCAAGAGAGGGGCGAGUCUGGACAUAAAAGAGCCGUCAUUCAUUACCGAGAUGAAGAAACCAUGUACAUAGAUGCACAGAAGGAUCGAGUGACAGUAAUCUUCAGCACAGUCUUUAAGGAUGAUUCUGACAUCAUCAUUGGCAAAGUGUUUAUGCAGGAGUUCAAAGAAGGCCGCCGCAAAUACCAACAGGCCCCUCAAGUGUUGUUCAGUCACAAAAACCCCCCACAGGAGCUGCAGAACACGGACGCUUCAGUCGGAGACAAUAUUGGCUAUAUAACAUUUGUUCUUUUCCCACGUCACACAAACGACAGCAGCCGAGGUAAUACUAUUAACUUGAUCCACACAUUGAGAGAUUACCUGCACUACCAUAUUAAAUGUUCCAAGGCAUAUAUUCACUCAAGAAUGCGAGCCAAAACCUCUGAUUUUCUCAAAGUCUUGAACAGAGCCCGGCCGGAACCUAAAGUAGUUGAGAAGAAGACCAUUUCAGGCCGACAUUUUAAGGUGAAUGCCAACUAGAUAUGAAAUAUUUGGUGCCGGAAGAAAAUUGAAGAACCACGACAUUGCCGAGUGCGUGCGUCUAUGGACAUGCUCUCUCUUUCUCUCUUCUGCUCUCCUCGCUCCCCCUCCCCCACUUCUUUCUCUCCCCCAACCCCGUGUUCCCUUCUCUCUUUUUCUCUUGCAGGGUUCAGCAUUUCCACAAAGACAACCACCACCACCACCACCUUCCCACCAUGGCCCUCUCCAGUCGAAGCAGUUCCUGACCUGAAGGGAAAUCUGUCCCCUCACUCCCACUACCACCACCACCACCACCAGAAGGGCCAUGGGUGCUGCCCCCUUUAUUUCCUUUAGGCGAACUAUUUUAUGAAAAUAUAAAAAAAAUAAAAAAUCUUGCUCGAACCUUGUCAAAAUGCAAUGAAUGCCCCUCCUUGCCCACCCCCCACAAGCUUUCUUUUUUGUUUUUUGUUUUUUUUUUCAAAAAAAUUUUCUUUUUUCAUUUUAUUUAGUAUGAUGCCUUAUUUUUAUCAGCAGCAAAAAAAAAAAAAAACCCCAAACAAACUAACCAAAUUAUGAGGGAACUUCUGCCCCACCCUAGUGGCUCGACCAGCUUGCUAGAAAUAGCAGCCAAAUCUCCUUCAGAUUUACGUUGUAUUGUCUGAAGAGGAAAACGAAAACAUGGACGCAUUAUACAAUGAUGUCCUAAGUGUCAUAAAAAAAAAAAAGACGGGAUGGUCGUGGUUGGAAACAGUUUUGUUUCAUAGGCUUGUUUGAGCAGGUCUGACUUUUUAGGCUAAAUACCAGCCUGCCAAUCAACCAGUCUACCAACCAAUUAGCUAAUGUCUCUCUCUUUGCUGCAUAUUCAUUUUUAAAUUU